GGGCCGGGAGGUGGGACGGCCCGAGUCUUCCGUGUGCGGCCGCAGCUGCCCUGUCCUCGCUGCUCCUGCCACCGUGGGACUGCAUUGCCGGCGUUAGCGGCGCGAGAGGAAAGGAGGGACUGACGGAGCGUGUGUUCGCGCGCUGGGGUCCGGGUAGUCCCAGCAGUUCCCCUCGCGUGGUGUGUGGCUGGCGAGGGUCAGCAGCAGUCUGGGGAGGCCUUAGACGGCGCCAUGUCGGCGGGCGGCCCAUGCCCGGCAGGAGCCGGAGGGGGCCCAGGGGGCGCCUCCUGCGCUGUUGGGGUCUCUCCCGGCGGGGUAUCCAUGUUCCGGUGGCUGGAGGUGCUGGAGAAGGAGUUCGACAAGGCCUUUGUGGAUGUGGAUCUGCUUCUGGGAGAGAUCGAUCCUGACCAAGCGGACAUCACUUAUGAGGGGCGACAGAAGAUGACCAGCUUGAGCUCCUGCUUCGCGCAGCUUUGCCACAAAGCCCAGACUGUGUCCCAAAUCAAUCACAAGCUAGAGGCACAAUUGGUGGAUCUAAGAUCUGAAUUGACAGAGACCCAAGCAGAGAAAGUUGUAUUGGAGAAAGAAGUGCAUGAUCAGCUUUUACAGUUGCACUCUGUUCAGCUUCAGCUUCAUGCUAAAACUGGUCAAAGUGUUGAUUCUGGUACCAUUAAAGCAAAGUUGGAAAGAGAGCUUGAAGCAAACAAAAAAGAAAAGGUGAAAGAAGCUCAACUUGAAGCUGAAGUGAAAUUAUUGAGAAAAGAGAAUGAGGCCCUUCGUAGACAUAUAGCCGUUCUCCAGGCUGAAGUUUAUGGGGCAAGAUUGGCUGCCAAAUACUUGGAUAAGGAACUGGCAGGAAGGGUCCAACAAAUACAGUUACUAGGACGAGAUAUGAAAGGACCUGCUCAUGAUAAACUGUGGAACCAAUUAGAAGCUGAAAUACAUUUGCAUCGUCACAAAACUGUUAUCAGAGCCUGUAGAGGACGUAAUGACUUGAAACGACCCAUGCAAGCACCACCAGGCCAUGAUCAAGACUCCUUGAAGAAAAGCCAAGGAGUUGGUCCAAUUAGGAAAGUUCUCCUCCUCAAGGAAGAUCAUGAAGGACUUGGCAUUUCAAUUACAGGUGGGAAAGAACAUGGUGUUCCAAUCCUUAUCUCUGAGAUCCAUCCAGGGCAACCUGCUGAUAGAUGUGGAGGGCUACAUGUUGGGGAUGCUAUUUUGGCUGUCAAUGGAGUUAACCUAAGGGACACAAAACAUAAAGAAGCUGUAACCAUACUUUCCCAGCAGAGAGGAGAGAUUGAGUUUGAAGUAGUUUAUGUGGCUCCUGAAGUGGAUUCUGAUGAUGAAAAUGUAGAGUAUGAAGACGAGAGUGGACAUCGUUACCGUUUGUACCUUGAUGAAUUAGAGGGAAGUGGUAAUCCUGGUGCUAGUUGCAAAGAUGCAGGUGGGGAAAUCAAAGUGUUACAAGGAUAUAAUAAGAAGGCAGUAAGUGAUGCACAUGAAAAUGGAGACAUGGGAACUUCAAAUGAAACGCUGCAAGAUGACAGUGCUUCAAAAUUAGAUGAUCUGCACAGCCUGUAUCAUAAAAAAUCUUAUUAAAUUGACUGUAUCUCCAGACAAGAUUGUUAAUCAGACUAUUUUGAAUUUGGGGCACUAGGGAAGAUGGUGACAAAGACUACACAAGAUGAAGGGAGGCUGUUUGUUGCCUAAGGAAAGGCGGGUACCUCAGGGCUUCGUGUGAACAAUUCUAAAUGCAUAAAACUCGGUUUUCUGUGUUAUACCAUAAUUAGCUAUUGCAUGUAAAGCAAUUUUGAUUUUCUUGAAAUUGUAAGCACCAAAGCAUGUGUUUCCCAAAGGGAUUUUACUAGGCUCAUAAGUACCAAAUGAAGUGCUACUAUUUUAUUUGGUUCUUUUCCUGUUUAGUAGAAGGACAAUGUUAACUGGAAUUUUAUUUUAAAAAAAUAGCCUUUAAAUACAAGAGAGUAAAUUAAUUCAUAUUGUACAUUCCAGAAUGUUAACUGUAGUGUUUCAAAGGAGAACUUCACUCAGUGAAUUGAAGAAAUGUAGCUUUGACUUAAGUUUUUUUUAACCAAAAGAAUGGUUUUAGGGUUUAAAAAAUACAUAUUGUGCAUCCUGACGUCUAAAUUAGUUCUUCAUGAUCAUUUAUUAUGAGUUUUCCUUCCAGCUUUUUCAAUGCAGUACAAAGUAGUUUUCUUUAAGCAAUCCUUUAUCAAUCAAUGCUGCACUAGAAAUAGUUUAUGAAAAGUUACUGUACAUUUUACUUUUGGUUUUUGAAAGAAAUGAAAUGAGUGUAAAAUACCUGUUCUCAAUUAUGUUGAUCUGUGUGCAUGGUAUUGGAACAUUACACUAUUAAUGUUUUGUCUUAAAUGUUUAUGGGUUCCAUGAAAGACAGUUUUAUACAUUUUGAGUUGUUCAUAAAAUUUGUCUUGUGAUAGUUCUGGCACUUAAAGAUAAAUUUUUCUGGCAGGAAAGGCUCAAAUUUAUUACUGUGUCUUGAAAUACAUUGCAUUCAAACAACGGUUUUAUCUAAGUACCUGAUUUGCCAAUCAUCCAAAAGUUGGGGGCUAAGGUAGGCAAGAUGAGGUGAAGAGAUUUUAAUACAUUAAUUGAUUUGAUUUUCAUACCAAUAUGUUUUACUAAAGCAAUUUUCAUAUGCAAAAUUGGGAUUUGCUAGUUUUUUUGUCCCAGGAUUAAGCAUAGCUAUGCCUCUUUUAUUAUUUACUAUUCUGCAGGGCAUUGUUACCUUCUGGGCAAAAUUGUAUUUAAAAAAGUGUUGGUUUUUGUGAAUGUCAUUGUUUUAAAGGAUAUACACUUAAGGGAAUAUUAAAUGGAAGAAAACUUACAUGCUUUUAAAAUAUUACCAGUAUCUUUAUUUCUAGUAUUCAGAUGUUGAUAAAACUCAUUUUCUUGUCUUUUCCAAAUGUACUAUAUGUUUGUUGAAAGUUAAAUCUAUAAAAUGUAUAUACUUUAUUUUGUGAUUUUACUAUUUAUAAAUUUAAUGUUGUAACUGUUGCUCGUUUAUGGUUUGUUUGGGGUGGUUAUGUUCAUCUGUAAAUCACCAUGUUAAUUUGUAACUAGAAGUGCACUUCAUAGUGUAUAUUGUUACUGAUAUUAAUAUGCUUUGGUAGCGCUAACAUUGCUUCUGAGCAAAAGUUAGUAUUUAAUUGUACAAAUGAAUAAGCAAGUUACUUAUUAUUGUUUGCUCCAGACAGGCUGGGCCUCUUAAAAGAAAAGGAUUGAUUUUUCUUCAUGCAUUCCCUCUAUGCCAAACCCAUACACCUAUGCAUGACAUAAGAUCUGCAAACUGGAUUUUAGCCAGUUUAUUCAUUUAGUUAAAAAGAAAAGAAAUUCUGUGUGGCAGAUCUAAAAGUUUUGCUGUGACAUGAAACCAUGUUAUUAUCUUCUUAAAACAUGGCCUGGAUGGAAUGACCGUGGCAUUUUUUCAGAGAAUAUCCUUUUUUUUACGAUGACUGAAUCCAUAGGAAAUGCAAGCUAUAAUCCUUCAAUUUUUAAGAAAUACAUAUCUAAAGAGUUUUUUUAAAAAAAACUUUGAUAGUUUUGCAUAUAAUUUGAAGGAUUGUAUGACUAUGAUAUAAAUUCUUUUCAAGGGUUGAUAAACAGAAUAAAAAGUUUUCCAAGUA